AUUGGAUAAAUUAGAAAAGGAACGUCUUUCAAUACACGAGGAGCUUCUCUCGAAAGAGUCACUCUUGCAGAAUGAACGCAGAAUAUCGCACGAUCUCCGGGGUCGUUUGAAAUUAGCGAUGGAAACAAUUGAUCGAUUGGAAGAGGAGAAAAUGCGCGAUAAAAUUGAUCAAUCGAAUUUGUCGAUCAACUACGACAGCGUAGUUAAGGAACGCGACAUUUUAGCGCGGGAAACAUUUUCAAGUCAAACAGAAGCCGUUACAAUCAAAAUUAAAAUGGAAUCUUUGGAAAACAAGUUACGUCGGGAAACGCGACGAAAAGAAGAAUUAGAAAAAGCAAUGAAUGAGUUGAAAAAUGACAAUGAAACCGUUGUCGCAAAUAUUGAUAUGAAUAUUGCUAAAAUUUCGAAAGAACAGAAAUAUUUAGUAGAAAGCGCCAAAGCUGUAAUUGAAUUAAACAAACGGCUACAAACGUUUUGUCUCUGUUCUCACGCGAUAAAUGAGAAGAAUAAAGCAGAAAUAAAAGAUUUACGAAAUAAGCUAAUCACACUCUCGACAAACGAAUCGCAAUCGUCAGUUACUAACAACAAAUUACAUCCAGAAAUAGAAGCCCUGUGUUUCAAGUUAAAAGAAAUGUCAAUGGAAUUGAAACAUAAGAUGCAAGAUUCUACAAUGCUCGAAGAAAAUAUAAACAAAAUUUUUCAAGAACUGUCCUCCAAAUUCAAUACCAAUGAGAGUAAUAUUAUUAAUCAAAAUAACCAAUAAUUAGAAUAGUUGUUCGAAUCAUUUGUUUGUUACCAUCAUUUAUUUUAAUUUCUCGAUAUACCUAAUAAGAUGUUCACUCGAUCAACUUUAAUAUUGUUAAACAACACGAAAUAUUUUAAAAUAAAAAUACAUUAUUUACCGUUAUAGCAUAUAUAAGGAUUACUAAUAAUUUUGUAUAUACAAUAAAACCUUAAAAAAUAAUUAACUAUUAAUUCGUUGCCUUUUCCUAACCUAAAAUUGUAUAUUAUAUUUAUUGAAUUGAACACUUAAUCGAAGAAAUCCUUUUUACUUGUCUCAAAGCAUUCCAUUCAAAAAUUAGUUUUACACAUUUUCUUACAGUGCAAUGUUAUGUACGUAGAAAAUUGUUUUUAUGUUAAUCAUAAUAAU